AAAAAGCUUCGUCUUUCAUGUCCGCGCAACAUGGUGGUGUGGCGGCUUCCAUUAUCGGACGCCGCCACCCGCUAGCUUCGUUGCUAACUUUUCGGUUUAAAGUUACUUCUUCGUUUCUGCCAGUGAAAACGCAAACGCACGAAGAUCUCUUCGAACAAGUUACUUCAUUUUUAUUUGAUGUGGACCAGCCCAACUCCUUCACACGCUCAAAUGGGUGACGGGAUAGUUCGUUGAUGUAAAUUUUAAUCAUUAUUAUUUUUUUUAAAUCAAGAAACCUUUCUCCCCCCCCGCCCUUAAAUUCAAAAUUACAUAGCGGCAGUGUCUCACCAGAUGGCGCUGUUUCUUUUAUAACACCGUAACCGGUGAACUCGUGCAAAGUAGAGACCAUCUAAAAAUAAAAUAAAAAUUCCCACCCAUUUAAAAUAGUCACAAGUUGUUAAGCAUUUUAAAUAUAUUGCAACAUCCCAAAAAAUUUAGUCAUAAAAUGUACAGGAAAAUACUGUACAGUAUUGUCACGAUUAGCGAAAAUCCGCGAGUACAGUGAAAAUUAACCCUUGCAUAUUUGUAGUUCCGUGUUCACCUAUUUGUGAAUUUUUGGGGAGAACCUAUUAGAUGUCCAGCUGUUAAUCCUUUGACAACUAAUUGAUUAUCAAAUUAAUUGACAGCUAUUUUCAUAAUCGAUUUAGUCGUUUAGAUACCUUGUUUAACUUAAAAUUGUCCAGAUGCUUGGAAUUUCAGUUGCUCAACAGUAAGUAUUCUCAGAUUUCUGUUGUUCUCCAUGAAAGGAGACUGGUUAUCGUUGUGCUCAAUCAAAAUAAGACAUUUGCAAACAUCUGUUUUACUUUGGGGAAACAAUGAGGCACAUGUUUGCCUAUUUUCUGACAGAUGUUACGGACCAAACCAGUAACUGAAUCAGAAUUAAUUCAUGUUUGUGUAUUUUCUGCCCCAUCAAUUUGAAAUGUCCCGUUUUAGAAUAAUGGGAAGUAAUUCAUCUUUAAAAUCUAAUUAAUCGAUAUUUGAAAAAAGUCAUCGACAGAUUAAUCGGUCAUUAAAAUAAUCGUUAGUCGCAGCCCGAGAAUCACCAUCGAAGCAUCUACAUCAAUAUCGCAAUGAAUUGCUACCUAAAGAAUUGAAAUGGAAUCGGGAGGUUCUUAACAAUGCCCGGCCUUGGUCCAAUGCCAUGUGUCAUACAAAAACAUUGCUAUGGUGCCAUCUUGUUUGCUCUUGUUGACGUACAAGCUACACGUUGGUCAUAGCAUGUUUAAUAAAUACAAGGUGAAGCGGACUCGCGUCUUCCUUCUACUUUUCUGUAUGUGGUCCUCAGUGGGAAAACUCCGUAGCGUCGUCGGUGUGAUUUAUAAAAGAGACGCCACAGACGAGUAUGUUGGCUUUGAAGUGAUUUUGUUUGAUUCUGUGCGUCAGAUGUCAUUGGUGGACUUGGGCAAGCGUCUGCUGGAGGCGGCGCGUAAAGGUCUGGACGACGAGGUGAGGAACCUGAUGGCCAACGGCGCUCCGUUCACCACGGACUGGCUGGGGACGUCCCCCCUUCAUCUGGCCGCCCAGCACGGCCACUACUCCACCGCGGACGUCCUGCUGCGAGCGGGCGUCAGUCGCGACGCGCGCACCAAAGUGGACCGGACACCUCUGCACAUGGCCGCCGCCGAGGGCCACACCAUCAUCGUGGAGCUGCUAGUCAGGAGCGGCGCCGACAUCAACGCCAAAGACAUGCUGAAGAUGACGGCGCUGCACUGGGCGGCGCAGCACGGCCACCACGGCGUGGUGGAGACGCUCAUCAAGCACGGCGCCGACGUGCACGCGCUCAGCAAGUUCGACAAGACGCCCUUCGACAUCGCCGUCGACAUCCAGAACACGGAACUCAUGCUGUUGCUGCAGGAGGGCAUGCAGAACCAAGUGAAUAUGAACCAGGUGAGCAUGAACAUGGAGUCCAGCAACACCAGCAACCAGCCGCAGUUCAUCAUCCAGGGCAUUCCGUCCAUUCAGGGAGGGGUUGUCAACUUGGCGGACCUGCUCAACAAGGCCAGCAUGGGAGAAUCUGAGGAAGCGAUGGCUGCCAACGCUCUGGACAGCAACAUCCAGCACACUGCCGUGGUCAAUGAGGGAGGUCAGAGGGUCAUCACCAUUGUAACGGACCAACAUGGCAACCUGCAGACCACCGGAGGGAUGUCGCAGCCCUUUUUCGUCACCAUGCAGCAUGGGCAGCAAAUGCUGGCGGUGCCAGCCAACACGGUGACGGAGGAGGUGGUGGCGGAGGAGUCGCAGGCGCCGCCCUCCAGGAAGAGGAAGUUGGAGGUGGCCAAUAAUCACAACGACACAGGAGAGACGGAGCUGCUGCAGAGGCAGCUGCAGGAGGCCAAAAGGAAGGCCCAGGAGUACCGGCAGCAGCUGAUGCGCAAGGAGCAGGAGGCCGAGGAGUACCGCAUCAAACUGGAGGCCAUGGCCCAGAGCCAGGCGGGCACCGGCGCCAACGUAAGCCCCGAGGAGGUGGUGGGCGGCGACGAGGACGAGGUCGCGGCGGUGAGCGUGGUGGAGGACGAGGGCGAGAUGGUUGUGCUGCAGGAGGGAGGCAUCAUCAUGGAGGGCGACGGGGGCCGCGUCACGCUCUUGGAGACUGGGGGAGAACCCGCGGGUGCCAGCUCAUAACGCAACCGAAAGGGACCACGGGGAAGAUGUCUUAACACGGGACUGACGUGGCGCCAUCUUUCCAGCGGUUUUUGUUCAAAAUCGUGUCAAUUAACCACACGGGAUCAUUGAUGGCGCUAAGUUUCCUCUUUGACCGCAUUUGGCCACUUAGACUUCCCUGCCUUCCCUGUGUUGUUCUUCACUUCCUUGUUGUCAACUUUUUUUUUUUUUUUUUUUUAUCACGUACUUCCUUCUUGGAAGGUUUUGGGGAUAAAAGUACCACACUCAACUCUCUGCCAAACUGUGACCGUGGAAAAGAUUUCCCACCUGAUUGACAUUAUUUAGUAGUUAGUUUAUCAAUAAGUCAAUAUCACAACAAUUUAUCCAAAUCUGUUACAUUCAAGCCUUAGUCCUCUUUAUUCAGAAAACUCACAUCAUAUCAACAUUUCAACAUCUGGUUAUUAUCGACUCUGACUAAACAGUGUUAGAAAUUGGUAACUGUAAAAACGGAAAUGAAAACAGUAAGUGACACAUUUGUACUUUUUAAUGACAUUGUUGCUUAUUGGGAAUUCAUUUGCAGUGAGAAUAUCAUGGGGAUAAAAGUACCACAGUUCUUUUUGCCAAACUGACUGUGGAGGACAUUACCCACCUGAAGUAAAUUCUUCAAUCCUGUGCAUCACGUCUUGAGGAUUUUAUUUUUUUCAGGUUAUUGUGCAAAUAUUGGCAACCAGCGUGAACAUUGUUGCAGUCAUUGAACGCGGUUGUUCUCUAUUGUUGACAGUGAACAGAUGUAUUGCUGACGAGUGAACUGCUGUUGAGGAGAAAACUUUUCUGUUGUUGUCCCCAAUUGCAUUUUCCAGUUUUCAAACUUGAUUAUUGGAUCCCUGGAGAUGAAAUAUUUUCUUCUUGUGUGAAAUGUGCAGCAGAAUUUCAUGUUUUGUCCUUCCCGGCCCAUCUUCAUCUGUUCUGUGAGUUGUGUGUGUGUUUUUUUUUUUUUUUUCUCCCCCCCUCGACUCAACAGCCUUUUUCUAUGUACAUAUAAAGUUGUAUUUUUUUAACUGUACUUGACUGCUUCACCAUGUUGAUGAUAGCAAUGCUAAUCUGAUGAAUAUAAACACUUGUUU